GGUGGUAGUGCCCGAUGUUAUGCGCUGCGCGAGGCGCCGUCGCCUCUAUAAGCGUGGUCGCGGUGGCGGGGGGAGGAGGUGCGCGCUGGUUCCUCCCGGUCUCACCCGAUCCCUGCCGGUCCUGCUCCGUCUAGCCGGGAGCAUGUACCAGAGUUCCGCGCGCUGCUUCUGCUCGGCCCUCCCCGCCCUCUGCUGUGCUCCCGCCGCCGCCUCGGCCUCUCUCCUGCCGCUGCCGCGGCCCCGCUCCUACCCACCGUCCCCCGGCCACGCCGCCCCGCGGGCAGCAGCGGGCGGCCAGCCUGCCCUGGGGACGCCGCCCCGUACAGUGUGUUCCAUGGGAAACAGCACCAGCCGGCUCUACAGUGUGCUCGCCAAGACGCUGAGCAGUGGUGCCGUAUCCCAGCAUCAGGACUGCCUGGGGCAGCUGGACUCAGCACGGCUGGAUCCUAUAGACCCCAAGGAUUUGCUGGAGGAAUGUCAGAUUGUUUUGCAGAAGCGGCCACCCCGAUUUCAGAGAAAAUUUGUGAACCUGAAGAAAAAUACUGCUAGUAACCACCGCCCCAUCCGGGUCAUGCAGUGGAACAUCCUUGCCCAAGCUCUCGGGGAAGGCAAAGACAACUUUGUUCAGUGCCCUAUGGAAGCUCUGAAAUGGGAGGAGAGGAAGUGCCUCAUCCUGGAGGAAAUCCUUGCGUACAAGCCCGACAUCAUGUGCCUUCAGGAAGUUGACCACUACUUUGACACCUUUGAGCCACUCCUUAGCCGCCUGGGCUACCAGUGCACUUUCUUCCCAAAGCCAUGGUCACCAUGCCUGGAUGUGGAGCAUAACAAUGGGCCAGAUGGCUGUGCCAUGUUCUUCCUCAAGGCGCGCUUUGAGCUCAUCAACAGUGCCAACAUCCGGCUGACUGCCAUGAAGCUGAAGACCAACCAGGUGGCCAUCGCUCAGACACUGAAGUGCCAUGAAACUGGGAGACUCCUCUGCAUCGCUGUCACCCACCUGAAAGCCCGCACAGGAUGGGAGAAGUUCCGCUCUGCUCAGGGCUGUGACCUCCUCCAGAACCUGAAGAACAUCACCCAAGGAGCAAAGAUCCCCCUGAUUGUCUGCGGAGACUUCAAUGCAGAGCCGACCGAGGAGGUCUAUAGGGAGUUUUUGAACUCCAGCCUCAAUUUAAACAGUGCAUACAAGCUGCUGAGCCCUGAUGGACAGUCGGAGCCCCCCUACACCACCUGGAAGAUCCGGCCCUCUGGAGAGUGCCAGCACACACUGGAUUAUAUCUGGUAUUCCCAGCAUGCCUUGAAUGUAAACUCAGCCCUGGGCUUGCUGACUGAAGAGCAAAUUGGGCCCAACAGGCUGCCCUCAUUCAAUUACCCUUCUGAUCACCUGUCCCUUGUAUGUGACUUUAGUUUUAAUCAGGACCCUGACAGACUGCUGUAAUGUCUUGGGAAUGCCACCUGGUAUUGCAGUGUCUGAACUCACCAGUUUUUUAUUUUAGAGAAAACUUUUGAAUCUAGAUGCUAUUGCAAGAUGAAGAAACACUGUUGAUAACCAUUAUUUCAGGCAUUUGUUUGGAGUUACACUUGCUGUUCAGCUCUCAUUAAUCUGUAGCCUUCAAGGGAGGAAGAAGGAAGCCAGUGUUCUCAUCAUGCUCUUCUUGCCAUGUCAGGGUUUGAAAACUAGAAGGCAAAUGAGCUUUAUCCUUUAACUAAGCCCCCUGUUUUAAGGAUUUAAUCCACUAAUGAAUGUGGAGGCCUUAGAAUUUAAAUGAAAACACUUGUGUUUGUAAAAUAACUUACCUUGACAGCAUGCUAAUUUUUUUUAUUUCAUGUUAAGCUUCUGCAAGUACCUAAGGGAGUGAGGUUUGACUACCCAGUGAGAUUAUCUUUAAUCUUUUUCUGUUGCAAUAUGAAGAAAGUUUAGUGCAGUUUAGACAAAAAACUAAGCUCAUAGUACUGUAGUCUUGUCAUUUUUCUGUGACCUGAGAUGACAAAUUUAUAAGAACCUUGAGGAAAGCCCCCCCCAGUAAGAGCAGGUGAGGAAACCAAGGCUGACUAUGACCUAGAUUAAUACCCUCACUUUUCCAGAACAAUGUAUAUGUAUAUGACUGUACCUUCGUCUCUUCUGUGCUUCCCUCUGGAGGACACAGCUAACCAGGGACUAUAUCUUCCUCUGCUUUGAGUAUUACUUUUCUAAAUGGUUUAAAUUUGUAGUCCUGUCAAUCUUGCUGUUUCAGUAAAGGGCCAGUCUUAAUGUUAAAAGAUUUUCUUUAUCUUCAGAAUCUAAACCUACACUGGAACCUGUUACAAGAUAAAAUUUAUUUAUUGAGAGGAGUUGGUGAUCCCGCAUCUGAUUAGAAAUUAUACAGUGACAGUGUUCAGGAGCCUCUUCCUGUGACCCAGGGAAACUCUGGCAAAGCAUCUGGACUAUAACAGAGGUGUGUUAGUAUAGUAACCCUGUGAUGUUCACUGGUGACAUAGGAAUUGCAUAUAUGGAUUGUAAACAUGCCAUUAUGCCAGAAAAUGACAUAGGAAGAAAGGAGGAAAGAGGGACAACAGUUGGAGUUGGGCUGACAUUUAGAUUGUUGAGGAAGAUAUGGCAGGGCAAAUAAAGCAGUGUCUCCAUGUGAAGUAGGGUGCGCACAGUAACUUAAAUGUUCCAGGUGUUUAUUAAUAAAACUCUUUGGAAGAAAGUA